GCACGAUCUGCAACAGGCAUGAAAAGUACACGCGGUGGAAUGGAAUAAGUGCUUUUCGCGAUUAGAGAACAGACAGCUGGAGACAGAGAUCAUCGAUCUGUGAUUUGAAAUCAGCGUGAAUUUAUCGCCUUUUACAGAAUCGUUGCCGAACACAAUCACGAAAUUCAUUUUCGCAUAUAGAAUAUAUAUACGUAUAGCAUGUAAAAUUAUAACUCGUAAAUCAAGGAGUCGUUCUCGUCUUCUCAUCCUUGAAGAGAGGAAUUUUGGUGCUAAGAGAAUCGAUGCUCGCCGACGGAGCGGACCUUUGAGAAGCUGAAUGGAGCUGCAACUCAUGAUGGACGCCGGCGCGGAAACCCUACACGGAGGGAUGUGGUUCUCCAAUACAUCUCCAUCAUAUGAGCAACUGUCGCCGGUUCGUUCAAACAGGUGUGACAUUAUAGGCGCAUCUCAACAGACCACAAUGGGGUAUCACAGUCCGCAAAAUUCUUUAUGGCAAGACAAGCGCAACUCGCCAAAAAAUUCGCCGACUGGCGGUGAUCAGGUACAUUUGAACAGUGGCUCGCCACAACUCUCGCCUUCCGGAUCAUCCCCGAAUUGUGAACAGAACAAUCUAAAACGCCGUUCCACGGAGUCAUUGCAUCACAUUACGGAACUUGAAAAGAAACAUAUCAGAAGAGACGGAUCCAUCGGCAGCAAUGGUUCUGGCCAAGGUUGGUCCACGCAAGUGGAGGAACUCGCGGAGCACCUUGCCGCUGAUUUUGAUGGAUCGUUAUCCGCUCUCGCGGCAUCUGAUCUUGCAACAGCUGUCGCUUCCUACACUAACAUGAGCGAAGCCCUCCUCACUUUGCCAUCGCUAACAGUCUUCAAACAGGAGGCGCCAUCGCCUGAGAAUCAGCAUGGCAACGCUAAUUUAAAUCACGUGUCGCAAAGGGCGAUCAAUACAGUGCCGUCCAGCAAUGGAAAUGUCGGCUCCGUCGAGGCUGAUAGCAACAACAAUGGACAAACCGCGGCUAGCCUCCACCAACUUUUGUAUUCCUCCAACGAGGAGUACCCGCCGACUUCGACCGCGGCCAACCACGUUUCUUCUUCCCAACAGGGAAACGAAUUGAACGAGGAUUGCCGUUUUCAGUACGUCUUAGCAGCCGCUACCAGCAUCGCUACCAAGGUUAACGAAGAAACUCUCACGUAUCUGAAUCAAGGGCAAUCGUAUGAGAUCAAGCUGAAAAAAUUGGGCGAUUUAUCUGCCUAUCGCGGAAAGAUUUUGAAGGAACAUCCGACCUUUCUGUUCCAGUCGACGAUUCGCAUUUGCUUCCACGAGCGACGGCUGCAAUACACAGAACGGGAACAGAUGCUGGCCUGGCAACGGGCUAGGCCGGGUGAGAGAUUGCUAGAGGUUGACGUACCUCUCAGCUACGGUAUGGUGGACGUCUGCCAACCGUCGCCGUCCAACAACAGCGUGGAGUUUAUGUGGGAUCCCACGAAAGAAGUCGGGGUUUAUAUCAAAGUCAAUUGCAUAAGCACUGAAUUUACACCGAAGAAGCAUGGUGGCGAAAAGGGCGUUCCCUUCCGAAUUCAAGUAGAGACCCGAUUGCCAGGAGGACCACGUCUGCACGCAGCAUCGUGUCAGGUGAAAGUCUUCAAACUGAAGGGAGCAGAUCGCAAGCAUAAGCAAGAUCGUGACAAGAUAUUGAGACGUCCUCCUCACGAGCAGGACAAAUAUCAGCCCAGCUAUGAUUGUACCGUCCUUUCUGAUAUUCCUCUGGAAUCCUUAUCGCCUUCAAACUUGUCGACGCAAAAUAAUGGAAGCUCGUAUGCCUCGACGGAAGCAAUAUCACCACAGACACGUACGUCUAUCGGCCAGGGCUGCAAUUCCCCUCCGGUAAUCGCCCCGUUGGCACUUUCGGUUUCUAAUUCCAGCAUCGUACCGCUGGUUCCAGCUUCGGACGCCGUGAAGGAAAACGUGGGAACGGCGCCGGCCUUGCCAUCUCCCGCAGCCAUACUACCGGAUCAACCUUGUAUUGAAGCCGAUAGUGCCCCAUGUCUUACUGAAUUGCCGCCCGACGCAACUACCACGCAGACAACCGCGUGGCUUCGCGCCAGCCGAUUCAACGCGUUCGAGUCAACAUUCGCGAGCUACUCUGCAUCGGAUAUUUUACGCUUGUCCCGGGAUGAUCUCAUUCAGAUCUGCGGCGUGGCGGACGGCAUUCGAUUGUUCAACACGUUGCAUUCCAAGGCACCGACCCCCAAACUCACUCUCUAUUUUUCAUUGGAAGGCAACGGAUCGCUCUGGAGAGUCGCCUAUCUCGACAAUUUGACGAGCACCGCAUUCACAAACAAGUUACUCAACGCUCUAAACUUGCCUCACGACCGACUUCACUCAAUACUGUUCCUAGGACCACAGGGUAUACACGUGUUGGUCACCGACGAGCUGGUAGCGAACAUGAAAGACGAGAGUAUGUAUCUCGUCGAGACUAUCAAAGAUCCGGCUAGCGAGCGUUACAAAUUGUUAAUAAAGUCAAAAAUCAUUUGAAUUAUUCCCAUAGAUUCUUUCUUUUAUAAAUAUUUUUUAUAAAUAUAUAUACGUAUACUACAAUAAGAGAAAAAGAGAAAGAAGAAGCGCUAAUAAAGCGAAAGCUAAUAAAAUAUAUUAUUUGAAUAUACAAAGAUUAUCGUCGUAUAACGAUGGUUACAUAAAGAAAGUUUGAAAAUUAUUAACAAUUUUUUAACAACCCAAUUAAGAUAGUAAUAAUUUUUUAAUAUAUUUAAAAUGAAUGUAACUGAAUACAAAAGCGAACUGUUUUAACAAAUAUGCUAUAAAAAAAGUAUAAAUGCGUUUUUCUAUCGAUAAUGAAUAUUGUUAUGUUGCCAUUAUAUUGUACAUAGCUUAUUGUUAAAUUAUGCGAGCACUCAAACUUUUCAAGUACUCAAUCUUUAAAAGUAAGCAAACGUAUGCUAAUCAAAUUUAUACUGUGUUAAAAUACGCUAAUCCGAUAAUUUCGGGCGACUCUUAAUUCAAAAUUAUAUCCAUUAGAAAGAAUUAUAAGAUGCCAAUUUUAUGACUUUUUAAAAAAAGAAUAGAUAUACUGUUCCAUUACCGUAUAUUUAAGAAUGUUUGAACUAUAUAAUUACUUUAGUAAAAGUGAGAUAUAUAUGAAUAUGAGAUUUUGUACAUUUGCACUAUUGUGCCAUGAUGAUAUGAAUAUUCUGGGAUUAUAAAUAUUUGGACUUUUUAUUAUAAAGUAGUUAUAAAAACUUCUUUCGUUUCGGACAAAUGCAAAGAAACACAUGCAAGAUUUCUAUUACAAUUUUAUAAGCCGCAUUAAUACUGACGGUGAAUUUUGAAAAAAAUAUUCAAUAUGGUAAUAUAUGUAAUACAUAUACUCAACAAAAAUUUGAGUAAGGAAUGGAAAGAUAGAGAGAUUACGUAAAGAAAAGUACGAUUUACUCUUAUGUAUUAUUUUUAGUACAAUUUAUGAAAACGAUCGUUUUUCGAUACACGUGCCACACUAAAAAUAAGUAUAAAAUAUUAAUUUUGUAUAUAAUUGUUACUGUUUUUGUUGAUUUAACAAUUUCUGUUAUUAAAAUAGGUAUAGAUUCUUUUGCUUCUAUGAACUUUUAAUAUGUUCACAUUAUUAUUGAAAAUAAAAUAUAAAAUGACGUUAUUAUCGUAAA